AUGGCAGGGGCAGCAAGUGGCAGGCGGCCUGGCCAGCAGAGAAAAGGUCUUUCCCACAGGGAAAAUGGAAGGCUUUCCUCCAAGGAGAACCUGUCUCUAAAACAGAAGGGAGGAGAUGCACAUCCCUCAGAAAGACGGAGAGCAAUAGGAAGAAUUGAGACCCGAGAGGGCUGUCAGAGCAAAGGAGCGGUCACCAGGCACGAGCGGGGGAGAAGCCCCGAUGGCUCCCCUGACAGUCGCCCCCAAGGAAACGGACCUGGAGAAGAGAAGGUGAGGGGACGACCACCCCCAGCCCACCGGAGAGCCAAGGAGCCGCCCGACUCCUCCAGAGCAGGACUUUACCGCAGAGGAGGUUCCGCCCACACUCCCUGGCGCCUCCGCGGCAGGAGGACCCGGUCCCGAUCGCCGGUGUGGGUCAGGAGCUGGGGACGCUGCCAGCACAGCCCGGCGGAGGCCGGGCCCCCCUCCCCCAAACGCCGUCGCGGAACCCUGUGGCCCGAAGCCCGCGCGCCCCUGGCGGCGCUCACGUCCAAUCUCCACAACCAGAUGGGCGCCCUGGAGGUGGUCCUGGGCGAGCUGCGGGCCCCGGGGGGCGCCUUCCUGCCGCUGUCCACCGGCCACACGGAGCCCACGGCCUCGCAGCGCGCCUGGCUCGCCUGGCAGCUGGCGCACGCGGGCGCGGCCCUGCACUGGGCGCUGGCGGCGCUCGACUCCCUGCUCGCCGCGCGCUCCGGGCCCGCCGGCCCGCAGCCCUCCCCGCCCUGGGCGCCACCGCCUUAGGGGCGCACCCAGCGGCUCCCCGCCCUUCCUAGGGCCGGUCCCUUCCGCCCAAGAGCCAGCCGGACUCUGCGCCGCCACCUCGCCUCGCCGUGCAAGGCUCCGCGGCAGCAUCGUGUACCCGGAGGCGACGAGCUGCCCCCACCGCGGACAGAAAUCCACUUGUCCCGGGAACGGUGUUCCUCACGCACCAGACAUCAGCUCCUGCCGUAUCCCAGCUCAGGGAGAUGUGUCCCCGUGUCCAGAAGACAGGCUGCCAGGAUGUGCAUUCAGAGGAAAACACUUCUGUUCUUCUGCGGUUCCGACUGCGAACCUUAGUGAUGUGAUUUGUGCCUUUUCAUCCCUCCAUA